GGAGCCGCUGGUGCCGGCCCCUCCGUCCGCCUCCUGGCCCGCAAUAUGCCUCCGCUGCCCUCGGGCUGCUCGCCAUGCCGGGGACCUGCGGGGGCCUCUCCUCCUUGCUCCUGGGGCUGGCGGCCGCGAUGCUGCUGCUGAUGGGGCGGCCGCCUCCCGUUGACGCCGCUGCAGCCGCCGCCGCCGCUACCCGCCCGCAGCAGCAGCGAGCGGCGCUGCCGGGGGGCGCCCCCGUUGCCGCGGCUGCCUCAGGAUCUGUUUUUACGCUAAAAGUUCAAGUAAAUGACAUCAUCAGUCACCAGUACCUGCGACAAGCGGUUGUAGAAGUGUUUGUUAACUACACGAAGACAAAUUCUACUCUUACCGGAAACAAUGGAGCAGUGUUAAUAAAAGUUCCCUACAAAUUAGGAUUAAGCUUAACCAUCGUAUCGUACAAGGAUGGCUACAUCUUAACACCUUUGCCUUGGAAGACUGGGAGAAUGCCAAUAUACUCCUCUGUGACGCUUUCGUUAUUCCCACAAAGUCAAGCUAAUAUAUGGCUGUUUGAAGAUACUGUCUUAAUUACUGGAAAACUCUCUGAUGCCAAAUCUCAACCAAGUGUUCAGUUUCCAAAAUAUUUAAUAAAGCUUCCAACAAAUCACCAUAUUACAAAUGUUACAGCCUAUCUGACAGUGCCAGAGCAAUUUUUGAAAGUGGACAGCUUUCUCUAUACAACAGGAAUUCUUCUGAAUAAAUCAGGUUUCAAAAGCAUGGAAUUAGCUCCUCUUGCCGCAGUAUGCGUAAAUGUUCUUCUGAGUGGGAAAGAACUGAAAGUAAAUGGUCACAUUCAGAUUACACUUCCUCUUUCCACAAGUACUGUAAAACCAGGAGAUGCUAUACCUGCGUGGACAUUCGAUAUGAAAACCGGUGCUUGGGUAAGCCCUGGACUAGGAGUGGUAAAGGAAGCAGAUGGUCAAUUAGUAUGGACAUACACUGCUCAACACUUAGGCUACUGGAUAGCAGCUCCACUGCCUGGAACAAGAGAAUCCAUAAUUAGUGCGGUUUCCAAGGACAUAACAGCCUAUCACACAGUGUUCCUUACAGCCAUACUGGGAGGUACUGUUGUCAUUAUCAUUGGAUUUUUUGCUGUUCUUCUUUGUUACUGCAGGGAUAAAUGUGGUCGGACACAAAAGAAGGAAAAAAAUACAACUAAGCUGGAGGUCAUCAAAAAAGACCAGACGACAUCAACAACUCACAUAAACCACAUCAAUGCUGUCAAAGGAUCUCUAAAGUUGGAGGAUAAGUCGCAGUUAUAUACACCGAAGAUUUCUUCCUACAGCCCUCAAAGAAGGAUGUCCAUAGACACAGAAGAUGGAAAAUCACGAGACAAUUUUAAAAUCUACACAGAGGAUGUUUCCUAUCAGUCAUCUUGUCAAACUGGUCAGUCAAGAAAUUCAGCACAUUCAUUGGAGCCAAAUGCUGUAGUUAGGCAUUUACAGCAGCAUAAGCAUAGUAACAGUACUGUUUCCCAGGCUUCUAGGGACAUUCAAGACCAAAACAGAUACCUUUCACUGAAGGAGGAGAUAUAUGGGCUUUCCCAUAUCCCAGAACAUCUAAUGCAUAUUUACAAUCAACCUAUUGCUAUUCUUCAAACCUCUGACCUUUUCCACUCCCCGGAACAACUGCAUCCUGCUAAAUCAGCAACUUUGCCAAGAAAAGGGCAGUUAGUUUAUAGCCCCAUGAUGGAACCCAUGAAUCGUGACAGUUACAUACAAACAUUGCCGAAAAUGCCGGUGCACUCUCAUCCACAGCCUUCUGUCUGCAGAGAUGAAAACAGCACGUUAGAUAGUGAAGAGGGCUUACCUUCUCAGUCGUCCAACUGGGGCCGGUACACUAAUAGCUUACUGGAGUCUAUCUCUGUUCCUGGGACACUGAAUGAAGCAGUUGUGAUGACUCCAUUUUCAUCUGAACUUCAAGGUAUUUCAGAACAAACAUUAUUGGAACUCUCUAAAGGAAAACCAUCUCCACACCCUCGAGCGUGGUUUGUGUCCCUGGAUGGAAAGCCAAUCGCUCAGGUGAGGCAUUCUUUCAUAGAUCUGAAAAAGGGCAGGAAAACAGAGAGUAAUGAUACCAGUCUGGACUCUGGUGUGGACAUGAAUGAGCAUCAUCCUAGUAGGAAACUGGAGAGAGAGAAAACUUUCAUAAAAAAUAUGCCACAUUCUAAGAUCCUUUACUUGGAAGAUCUGGAUUUGAGUAGCAGUGAAAGUGGAACCACUGUUUGCACUCCAGAGGACCAGGCUGUGAGGCACAUUCUGGAUGGAGGAAAUGGGCCAGCUGUAGAACAGCAUGAUGAAGAAGGUGUAAGAAGAAAAACUGUAUCAGGAAGUCAUGAAUCUGGUAUUCCUUCUGCUAAAAAAAGGGAUAGACCGUCUAUCACAAAAAGAGAUAGCAAAACCAACAUCUGGAAGAAAAGAGAGGAGAGGCCACUUAUUCCUAUAAAUUGAAACACAAUGUUGCUUUGUGUUGUUGCUCUCCCUGCUGGUUAUUGACCUCUUGGCUGCUUCUGUAAUUCUGCCGUGUUGGAUUUACAAGGGAAAUGUUGUUUUCUAGUAUCAACAAAAGUUGUGUUUUUUUUAAUAUACAGAUUGAGUUACUAAACAUCAACUGGGGAAUUGAUAUUCAAUGUGAAUUGAAAAUAGGGAAAUACUACUAUUAAAAUUUUCCAGUUCCCAAUUUUACUGGCAGUAUAGGGAAGGCCCACAUUUUAAUUAGCCUGUCAUUCUUGGACACAUCUCUGGGAAUGCAUGGUGAGAAAUGUAGGUACAUGCUUUAAUUUUUUCGUACUUAUUGUUAAUACAUUGGUAGACUAGGUAAAGCCAUUCCUCAGCCUUGUUCCUAAUCAAUGUGACCAUCUGUACAGUAUUUUAUAUGUGAACUUUUCUAGGGAUCUGUUACUGCUUUUUUGUAUAAGGUGAAACGUUUCAUCAGUUCGUUCCACGUCACCAGCAGAUGAGCUCUGCUGGGUUUAUCAGCGGAGCUCUAUAGCGUUACUGCCCUCCCUGUGUGCACAUCCACGUGCAAAAGGUGGUGUUCCAUAUAGCAGUGGCAGCAGGGGGAGGUGUACAAGCUCUGUGGCCACUGCAGUUCAUGGUCCUUGCUGUCUUAAGAUGUUGCCAAUCUGCUUUGUUACCAACUGUGAAUGUUGAGGGUUGUCACCCGCUCUGAAGCGUCCACAUCCAGCAGAAAAGGACUGGUUCGGAGCUGCUGCUACUACUGAUCCCCGUGUCUCGUUUUGGCUUCAUUGUCAGUUAAAAUCUUCUCUUCUGCAUGCUGCUGGGCCAGUUGAGCUCCACAACAUAGUCUUGAAUCUUAGUUAGUUUGGCCCAUAAUGAAAAAGCGUUUAAGUUUAGACAAAUUAUGCCUUUGAAAUAGUUUCCUUUAGCAGGAAAGUUCGACACUGUUGCUUUUUGUUUUGUGUUUUAAAAAAACGGAAGAUCAUUGGAGGUUUAUGUGCCUACAUUUUGCUAGCCUGAGCUGCUUUUGUCUAGGUUGUGCAUCGCAGAGGGGGUUAAACAGGCUUUAAAAGUUGGGGGUUUUUUAUGAGCAUGAGAGAGCAGAUCGCAAAAUUUGGUCUAUAAUGUAAUAUAAAUACUACUUAUGACUCAUCUUAGAGUUAAAUUUACCAAAAGUCAUGAAUGCAUGAAAUGUAACUAAGAUAUGUAUAGAGGAAGGAGAAGGCCAUCAGAAUAUUCUUUUAUUUUUUAUGUUCAUCUUGUCUAAGUGAUCGUUUCAGCUUUGGCUAACAGAAAAGUAGAUGCAUCCCUUAAUGUGCUUCACAUAGUACAUAGAAUGUCUUUCUGUGGCUUUUAAGCUGUUUCCCUGAUGAAGUAAGUUCCAGCAUUUUGGCUUUGGCAGUUGGAUUAUAAAUCAUCCAAAAAAAGCUUUAUAAAUAUUUCCCUUAGAGCUUGGUUAAGGUUCUAUACGAAGACCCAAACAUAUAAUACCUAUAUCUAAAUUGUGGGGUGAGGUGCAGUCAGUGGUCUGCCCUGUAGUACACUCAAGAUUUGUAGGAGAUAUCCUACGCAGCUGAGCUUCUUCUGGGAAUACUUACUCAGGAAAUAUUACUGUGAAAUGUCUGUUGUUUUGGGAUCGUCAGUUUUCUGGUCCCGUUUCAAGAAGAACGUGCAAGGUAACCAGAAUGGUACUAGCAAUACAUUAAUCCAACUUUCUGGUGUGCAGUUGCUUCAUGAACAAAAUAUGAUGUUCCUACUGAGUUCACAAGUAAGUUUAAGAUGGGUGCGCAAAUAAGUCUGUAAUUUUAAUUGGCUGAAAGAAUUUGACUUAAUUAUACAAAUCAUCUAUUUCAGAGGUGAAGAUGGUGCUGUGGUUUAGCCCCAGCUGGCAACUAAGUACCAUGCUGCUGCUCCCUUACUCCUUCCUCCUGUGGUGGGAGGGGGAGGAGAAUCAGAGAGAAAGAGGUAAAACUUGUGCGUUGGGAUAAGGGCAGUUUAAUACAACAGUGCUAACUGUUGAAGCCAGUUCUAGUUCCAUCACCACUGCACUUUGCUUGGCUUCAUCAAAGUUCACCCUUCAUUCAUUUGGGUGAUUCUUGCUGUAAUACCAUUCAUACAGCAUAUGGCAACUGUAGUAGUCAUGACAUAAAGUGGCAGGGUUAUUUAGCAAUUAACAUCAUACAAUUUGAUUUUUUUGGCUGUUUUCACCCAAAAUCAAAUCCCCAUGAGGUACGUAUUGGACUUCCCCAUCCUUCUGCAUCACCUGCCAACUGCACUCAGGUGCUUGAGCAAAAGCAAUCCCACAGAUGGGUUUGCCUUUGCCCAAGGCAGGACUAACCCAGGCUGUCUUCCUUAACAUAUUCUUCAUGUGCACCUUGGGAACUUUAUUUCCUUCUACAGUACGUGGAAGUUUUGACUGGGCAGGGCCAGCUCCAUUGGUUAACCCCUGGUGUUAAUUGACCAGGUGGCUUUGACUAAAUGUGUAUCCCAAUGAUUGAAGGUCCCACAGCUUGUUACUCUCAGGGUAGUUUUUAACAGGCCAUUGUAUCGUUUGAUUUUCCUGGAGGCUGGUGCAUGACAGGGGAUGUGAUGUACCCACUCAAAGCCAUGCUCUUGGAGUUUUUUCCGAAAAUGAGUCCCAUUAUCUGACUGGAUUCUUUCUGGGGUGCCAUGUUGCCAUAAAACUUGUUUUUCAAGGCCCAGGAUAGUGUUCUGGGUGGUGGCUUGGGGCACAGGGCAUGUGUUGUGACCAGGCUGCAAAUAUUAGUGGAAAGUUUCAAUUGCUUAGUUGGAAUUAAGGCACAAAUGAGGCCAGAUGUUGAAAACUCACCAAACCAAUUUCUUCAACAACAAUUUAAGUGAAGAAAGGAAAGGGAGAGGAAAGUGCAAACAGAUAGUCAUGACCCAUGGAUCCAGCGAUGUCUCGUUGGUCCUUUUUAGCCACGGUAAUCGUAGGUGGUAGGAGCUCCGAGCUCUCCUCUUAGUCUCUUUAGCCAUCUUGUAUGCUUUUGGAUUUCCAUCAUUUGCAUGUGAAGUGUGGUAGGGCUGUUCUAGAAGGUGGUUAUUUGCACAUGAAGUGCAGUGGGGAGGUUCUAAAGGUGUGGUUAAGCAGCAGCAUGGGCAGUAAAGGCUAGGGAGUCACACAGGAGUCUUUCCACCCCUGUCUCGCGGUGUCUGUUACUUAGUCUUUCAGCUUGUGCAGGCACCCUCUAUAGCAAAAUCUCCCAAAACAGUGACACGGAAGUCAGCGCAGUCCCCACCUAUGCAGCACUGAGAACUGACCUUCUGUUCCAUGUGUUUCUGGUAGAUGGUUUCUUGUGGUUGUGACAGUUCCUUGAGCAAACAGCGUACAAGCAGGGUUUGAGCCAGAGUUCCAGUUUAUAGUCCCACAGUAUUUUCCUUUCAAACAUUCUGUCACUUUAUCAGGGUCCUGAAGUUGUUUGAGAAUGAAGUUCCAGACCAUUGGGGGUGAGUAGCUCUCUAGAUACCUGCCCAUAUUCUCCCAUGUGCCAUUCCAGCUAUGACCCUGCUUUUGCAGAGCCUCAGUCAUACUCCUAAAUUGCUUGGUAACCUUAAACAAUUUUAAGACCAGAAACACAUUCAGGAGACAUAGAAAUAGGAGCCUGCUGGUUUCAACCGCCUAAGGUUAUUCAAAAUUCUCAAGAGCUAUUGUAAUUAGCCUGGAGCAGAAGGGGAAGAUGAAGGAAGGAGUCUCCCUGACAGAUUGGUGCUAGGAGAAAAGGUAAAAAGUGUAAUUAUUGAUAGUUUCCACUAGAUGGCUCCCGAAGAACAAAGACGGUUGCAAUUGUGACUACAAAUACAAUAUUGGUCUUGUGAUCAAUGGGUAUAUUGUAGCAUAUGGCAGUGCUACUCCAUACAGCAAAGCCAUAACCUUGAUCCAGCUCCCACAGGCAAGAAACAGCACAUAAAUACUAGUAAGCAGUCCAUACAGCAAGUAAGUUACUGCCUCACACAACUCUGAGAACAGAUAAAGCAACAUGACCAGUGACAAACUAACCCAAUGAAUGCUUAUAAAAAACACCAAAAAAUUGUUUUAACAUGUUCUGGACAGAUCUGUCAUUAUCACAACCCUUCGAGCCCCAUGUUGGGUGCCAAAAAGGACUGUUGUGGUUUAGCCCCAGCCAGCAACUAAGUACCCCCCGUCUGCUUGCUCACCAACCCCCCUUGCAGGGGAGGUAGGGGGAUUGGAAAGGGAGAGGUAAAACUUGUGGGUUGGGAUAAAGACAGUUUAAGGCAACAACAGAGGAAAAGGAAAAAUGAUAACAGUAAUACGGAUAGAAGAAUAAACAAAGCAAGUGAUAGGCAGUGUAAUUUCAUAUGGUAUGGGAUAUCCCUUUGGCAAGUUUCAGUCAGCUGUUGUGGCUCUGCACCCUCUCAGGUUCUCCUGAAAAUUAACUCUGUCCCAGCUGAAACCAGCAUAAAUGGCUUGUCACAGUAGCAUGCCUUUGGUACUCUUCUUAGGUAACUGUAAUUCAGUUAUCCUGUACCAAAUACAUUUUCACAAUACUUUUAAUUCUAUAUUCAGUUCCACUGGAUUAUGUAUGACUGACUCUGUAGCACAAGAUGCUGAUAUUUUCAUCCUUUGCAUUGCUAUAUAUAUUAGAAGGAAUCCAUUUAUGUAUUUUGAGUGUUUCUUCUGAAAGUUGCUUUGACUUUUGAGGUUCAACAUUGCCCUGCUUUUAGAGUUGUCUCAGUUCUGAUGGCUCCCUUUUCAGCAAGAGAAUAUAUACAUGCUGUUGAACAUAGCAGAAAAUCCCUGACAAGGUAAUGGCUUUCAGUUUUUAAUAGUAAAUUGAUAUGUCUCUACUUGAAAUUUUGUUUGCCUAUAGUAACUUAAAUAUAUUGCAGAUUUUUUUAAUGCAUUUUUUUCAUUGUGUAUAUCAAAAAGACCUAUUCCUCCACAUUACUUGUCUCAUUAAAAAAUACAGACUACCUUAAGUGGCUUUAUUCAUAUGAGCUCAAGGGAACGAAGUUUUGCACUCUUGGAUUUUAAAAACCCUCUAGAACUCCAAAAUUAUUAGAAUUGUAUUUCAUAUUUAUAUUCAGUGUUUGCAGAAUAUGUUAUCUGAGUCUUUAUGUUCCAGCUGCAUGUUGGAAUUGAUGCAUGGGAAACCUGCAUUGCCUGUUAGUGACUGGAAUUCUUUUUGGUUUUAGAUGAUUAAAAAAUGAGUUUGGCUGCACCGAGUUCUAAGAAUUUUAAUUCCAGAGUUAGUCAUACAUGAUAUGUAACACGUGGAAAAGAUAAAAUUUUAUCAUGAAAAUUGUCUUUGUGGUCAAACUAAUGCUUUUCUAUAUUUUUAUAUAUGAUUUCAACACAUGAAUUUAUAGGACUCAAAGAAUUUAUUUUUUAAGAUAUUUUUUUUCCUGUUGGCUCAGUGUUGCAGCACUAAGAGUGCUGAAAUGCUAGGGUUAAAAUGAGGUCUACAGACAAAGUAGGAAGGAUUUGCAGCACAUUGCUCUCGGAAGGGCCAGGGAAACAUUCAGGGGUUUUGACUUCUUUGAAUCUGGAGGUUGAUUACCUUGAGAGUAAGUGGGCCGUGCCUGAUGCACAUUGGAAGUGAGCCCCUUCUAGGGAGAGGGGAAGGAGUGGGAAAAGUUGAAAGGAUAUCGCUUCUUUCUGAUGCUUGUUUCCCAACUGAUGUAUUUUUGCUUCAGUGGAAUCAAUUAUUUUUGAAAAACACAAAUGUUUGCAAACAUUUGUGUCUCUGUUUUUCACAAGAUGCUUCUUAAGCUGUCACGUUUUGCAAAAACCCCAUAUACAUGUAUGUACAGUUUUAAAUGAGAGGUGUUAGGUAGAUACAGAACAGUCAACACCAAAUUUUGUCAUAUAUUUAAGGUGAAAGGCAGUUAAACUUCAGGACAGUUUCUCCGGCUUGCCUGCAAUACAUGAUGUUGAGUUUCUUCUUGCAGAAGAGUAUACCAGUUCCAGGUCUUACCUGGUUUUGAUAAGGUGGUUAAUGGAGUUGGCCAAGGCUUUUUCUGGUGAUCACAGAUUAAUUUAUGUGGCUUACAUCAAUGUUUUGAUGUAUCAUAAAUUAAGGGAAGUGCUCAGGCUAAAAAGUAUGCAGCUGUAUGCACAUUAAUCUAGAUAUGUUACCCAGAAUAAGCUAAUUGGCAGUAAUUUUCAGAUUGUAACCAAAUGUCACAUAUUAUAGAAAUUUACAAAAAAAAAAAGAGGAGGAGGGAUCACUUAAAAAUUCCAUUUGAUUAACAGGAAAAAUCUUUAUAGUAGUCAGAAAAUUAAGGAACUCUAGUGUCUUACAAACCUGAAAGGGAAACAGAUUUGAUGACUAGGAACAUUAUUUCCCAGUGUAGAACUAUAGAGCUGAUGCGCAAAAAAUAAUUGGGGAUGUAAGAAUGUUUUGUUGUCUCCUUUGUUUUUAUGCAGCAAUUUGUACCAAAGAGGGUGAAAUGAAUGGGCACCAGACUGAACUCUUCUCGUUCGUUAAAAAGUGAAACAGGUUAACAAUAUUACUUAUCUAACACUGUGCAAAUUAAAAGGCAGUACCCUACAUCCGUUGUCUAGUACUGCAUAUUAGGAAAAUCUGAAGAUAAAUUAGCCUGCUGAAGUGCCUUUCUCUUUCAUCAGACUUAUUUUAUCAGUGGGACACCUGACUAUCUGAAAAGCACAUUAGGGUAUUUUUUUCUGUUAGCCAAAAAACCCUCAAUUCAUACUUACGAUUAUGUAGCUUUUAUAAUAUUUUAAAAGGCAGAUCUAGUGUUUUUUAUGUUGGAAUACUGACUCCUGCAUGUUGAUGAUGAUGGUAACUGUUGUAAACCCUGGGGUUUUUAUAUUAUUUUUUUUUAAAGAAAUAAAAUAUAUCUUUAGCAAUCUCAACAGUAGUAUCUUUUAAAACUGCACAUACGGAAUCUGGUUCAGCUUCAUAAGUCAAGAGUAAGCGUCUUGAAGUCACUGGAUUUACAGGUAUGAAACUAGGAUUUUAACUUCAAAAAUGAAAUUAAUAUAUGUUUAUAUAUAAAAACUAUUAUAAUGAUAGAAAUCCUUUUUUCAGCUGCUAAUCUUCCUUGCCAGUAGAAGCAGAAAGUGUAUGGACAUAAGUACUUAAGUCUUAUUUUCUAAAACCAAUUUUUAUCUCAAUUUGGAGCCGAACCUGCAUUGUUUAUAUAACCCAGUUUCUGGUUUUUAAAUUAUUUUUUUUAAUUCAGUGGAAUUAUGCAAAAUACUGUGCUGUGCCUACAGAGUUAAAAAUGAACAUUCUUUUGUAGUAGUUUGCACUAAUUUGUGCCAUGCUUCUAGUAGUAGGCAGGUAUAUUUGUGUUAAAGAAUUUAUAUGAAAGGUGGUUUAAAUGACUUUAAUCUGAGCUUCAUUUUCUUAUAAAAACAGUAUUCAGUGUGUUCUGAUGACCAAAAAUAACGGCUUUGGCAGUUCUGUUUGUGGUUUUUUGUUUUGUUUUUGUUUUUAAAGACUGGCAGGGGAAAACUGUGUCAUUAUUUUUAGUAUUAGCACCCUCAGCUUGAAAACUAUUUUACCAAAUGAUUUCUUUUUUCGCUCAGUUUAAGAUUUACUGAAGAUUCCUUUAUUCCUCCUCCCCAAAAUGUACUGGUACUUUAUUCCCCAGUUUACUGAUUGAAUUCCUUUGGAGCAUUUGUUGCGCUUCAGUCCGUGUUAGAACAGUGAUAUUUUUACAUCUUGGUAUUAUGUAGAAAGGCACUUCUUAGUGCUCAUUAAAGCAUGGAGUUCAUGAAAACCCUGGCUCCAAGAUUCUGAAGCAAAGGCGGACUGAUAGCACUGAUUGUGCCCACCAUCUUGCACAUUGGAGCCUUAUAUUCAAGGAACACUUCAUUACCUUGGAAGUCAUGUUCAAAAACACUCUAGUAUGGGUACUGUUCAUGUAAAACAUUCUUGAUAAUUCAGCAUCCUGGUUUUAAGUAUUUCUACCUUUUUAUAAUUUGUUAGAGGUGUCUUUUCAUCUCUGUAUUUACUACAGUAUCAGUGUAUCUGUUGCUGAAAAUGUAACUAAAAUUUGUAAAAUGUUAUAGCUUAUGCAAUAUAAUAAAAGUUUUAAAAAGUCA